UUUUCAAUCGGGCCCUCAGGGAAGAUGGCCGCGGUACUGGAGGCUGAGGUGAGAGUGGACGGCGGGGAGCCGAAACUCAGUAAGAAGUGGUGGUAAUCACUAGUUCCAGGGUAUUCUGCCAUGUUGACGCAAGCUGCUGUAAGGCUUGUUAGGGGGUCCCUGCGCCAAUCCGCCUGGGCACAGUGGGGUCAGAGGGAGCUGCGACGGGUUCAACUUACUCCUUUCACAGCAUUUCACAAGGACAAGCCACUUUCUGAUAAAAGAAGUGAGCUCAAGAGACGCCUGAAAGCCGAGAAGAAGGUAGCAGAGAAGGAGGCCAAACAGAAGGAGCUCAGUGAAAAAACACUAAGCCAGCCUGCUACUGCGACCGCCAACCACACCGCUGACAAUGGUGUCAGCCCUGAGGAGGAGAGCUUGGACCCAAAUCAAUACUACAAGAUCCGCAGUCAAGCCGUCCACCAGCUGAAGGUCAGUGGGGAAGACCCAUACCCACACAAGUUCCAUGUGGACGUUUCGCUCACUCACUUCAUCCAAGAGUACAGUCACCUACAGCCUGGGGACCACCUGACUGACAUCACCUUAAAGGUGGCAGGCAGGAUCCAUGCCAAAAGAGCUUCUGGGGGAAAGCUCAUCUUCUAUGACCUUCGAGGAGAGGGAGUCAAAUUGCAAGUCAUGGCCAAUUCCAGGAACUAUAAAUCAGAAGAAGACUUUAUUCAUAUCAAUAACAAACUGCGCCGGGGAGACAUCAUUGGAGUCCAGGGGAACCCAGGGAAAACCAAGAAGGGUGAACUGAGCAUCAUUCCCUACGAGAUCACACUGCUCUCUCCCUGUCUGCAUAUGCUGCCUCAUCUUCACUUCGGCCUCAAAGACAAGGAAACCCGAUAUCGUCAGAGAUACCUGGACUUGAUCCUGAAUGAUUUUGUGAGGCAGAAAUUUAUCGUCCGCUCCAAGAUCAUCACAUACAUAAGAAGUUUCUUGGAUGAGUUGGGAUUCUUAGAGAUUGAAACUCCCAUGAUGAACGUCAUCCCCGGGGGAGCAGUGGCCAAGCCUUUCAUCACCUACCACAAUGAGCUCGACAUGAAUUUAUACAUGAGAAUUGCUCCAGAGCUCUACCAUAAGAUGCUGGUGGUUGGUGGCCUAGACCGGGUUUAUGAAAUCGGACGUCAGUUCCGGAACGAAGGAAUUGACCUGACUCACAACCCCGAGUUCACCACUUGUGAAUUCUACAUGGCCUACGCCGACUAUCAUGAUCUCAUGGAAAUCACAGAGAAGAUGGUUUCAGGGAUGGUGAAGCAUAUCACCGGUAGUUACAAGGUCACCUACCACCCAGAGGGCCCAGAGGGUCCAGCCUAUGAGAUUGACUUCAGCCCACCCUUCCGAAGGAUCAGCAUGGUGGAUGAGCUGGAGAGAGCCCUGGGGGUCAAGCUGCCAGAAAGGAACCGCUUUGAGACAGAAGAAACUCGCAAAAUCCUUGAUGAUAUCUGCAUAGCUAAAGGUGUUGAAUGCCCUCCCCCUCGGACCACAGCCAGGCUCCUUGAUAAGCUUGUUGGUGAUUUCCUGGAAGUGACUUGCAUCAAUCCCACGUUCAUCUGUGACCACCCUCAGAUAAUGAGCCCUUUGGCCAAAUGGCACCGCUCUAAAGAGGGUCUGACGGAGCGCUUUGAGCUCUUUGUCAUGAAGAAGGAAAUAUGUAAUGCCUACACUGAGCUGAACGACCCCGUGCGGCAGCGGCAGCUCUUUGAAGAACAGGCCAAGGCCAAGGCUGCUGGUGAUGAUGAGGCCAUGUUCAUAGACGACAACUUCUGUACUGCUCUGGAAUACGGCCUUCCCCCAACAGCUGGCUGGGGCAUGGGCAUCGACCGUGUCACCAUGUUCCUCACAGACUCCAAUAACAUCAAGGAAGUGCUUCUGUUUCCUGCUAUGAAACCCGAAGACAAGAAGGAGAACAUAGUCACUGGCGAGCCCCAGGCGAGCACCACUGUUGGCACUUCUGUCUAGGAAAUGGUGAUCGCAAGUCAUGUGACUCAGGCAUCUUUGCAUUUGCAAAAAGAUCCAGGUCUUCAAGGGAACUCGGUAUGCUGCACUCCAUUUGGUGCCCACAGUUCAGCUCAUACACCGGAAUCAAGAGAAGAUGGAUUAAGAAUUCCUCUUUACACCUUAGCAAAUAAA